AUGAAGUGGUCUACUCUUGCUACGGCAGCCAUUGUGCCUCUGGCCUCUGCCCAUGGCUUCACCCACGCUGAAUACGCCUCUGGCGCGGUCAUGGACCUUAUGAUGUCUGCCAAAGAAGCAGCAUGGGCCAAGCACCGCGACGCUGGCGAAUACGACAGCAAGAAGUGGAUUGACUUCCACAAGAAGCGAUCCAACAAGGACAAGAUCGAGUGCAAGAACGGUCGCGUCGAGGCAGUCAAGGGCGAUGCCGAUCCAGACAACAUCGACAUGUACGACUUCAAGACUCAUGCCGAGCUUGGUGACUCUGUCGGUGAUGGUUCUGGUUCAUGGGGAUGGACCUACAAGGACCGCGAGUUCAUCGCCAUUGGUCAGACCUAUGGUGCUGCUUUCGCCGAGGUCACCAAGAAGGGUCAGCUCGAGUACCUUGGUCGCCUUCCCGCCCAGAACGACUCCGUCAUCUGGCGUGAGAUGCAGGUCCUCAAGGACACCCUUGUCAUUGGUUCCGAGGGUAUCGGCCACGGUAUCCAGUUCUUCGACAUGAAGAAGCUCCUCAAGCUCGACCCCAAGAGCCCCAAGACCUUCGAUAUCAAGAAGGACAUUGCCUGGGUCAACCUUACCCAGGGUAUUGCCGGGCGCUCCCACACUGUCCGUGCCAACGAGGAGAAGAACUACGUCGUCGCUCUCGGCUGUGGUGGACGCCCCGGCCGCAACGACACCUGCGCCGGUGGCCCCAUCUUCAUCAACACCGACGACAUAACCAAGCCGUAUAUUGAGGGUUGCGCGCCCCAAGAUGGCUACACCCACGAUGCCCAAUGCAUUGUCUACCGUGGACCCCACAAGAAGUACUACGGACGUGACAUCUGCUACGGCUACAACGAGGACACCCUUACCAUCUACGAUGUCACCAACAAGAAGGGCGUUGGCGCCGGAAAGAUCAUCUCCCGCACUCCCUACGCUGGAGUGACCGAUGAGUACUGGCAGACCCAUCUCGUCAUGGACGACGAGCUCGACGAGGGCCAGAUUGACCCCAACCGAACUGCGGUCGGAUCAUUAGCCAAAGAUGGCUUCGCUGUCACAUAUAUCUGGGACAUCCAGAACCUCGAAGCCCCCAAAGUCUCCGGCUACUACAAAGCCACUACCCGCAUGGUCGACCACAACCAGUUCGUGCACGACGGCCUCGCCUUCCAAUCCAACUACCAAUCCGGCCUGCGCAUCCUCGACGUCAGCAGCAUCUCGCGCUUCCCCGACGGCAGCAAGGUCGAGGAGAUUGCGUACUUUGACGUCUUCCCUGGCGACGACAUGAAGCCCGGUGGUGGUGAUGCGCUCUGGGAUGCGGGUACAUGGAGCCAUUUCACAUUCCCCAGCGGAUACACUGUUAUCAACACGAUUGAUCGCGGUGCGUUUGUUGUCAAGCCCAAGUGGGGCAAGGGCAAGGGAAAGUACUUUGGCCAGCAUUAGAUGAAGAUGAUAAAAAUACCCAAAAGGGUUAAUGGUAAUGAUUAGUUUUGAAUGACAACAUUCGACAUCUU